AUGGCCGACAUGAGUGGUGAAGACGCUUUCCUCGCCUCGAUGAGCGCUCAAGAGUACGACCCUGCCUCUUACGACCCCGCCGAACAGACCGCCCUCCAGGACCAGGAAGAGGAAGAAGAGGACGACGAAGACUAUGACCCUUCUAGCUUCAUGCCCGACCAGCCUCAGCCUGAGGCCACCCCCAGCCCGCCGCUGUCCAGUCCCAGCCGCCCUCCCAGAUCCCAUCCCACGAUUGGUGGCUUCAUUGAAGAGGACGAUGACGAAGACGAGGAAGAGCAAGACCAAGGCACGGGCACAAACGGUUCGCUCGCUCAGACUCCUGUGCAGCAGCAACAGAAUGUACAAGCCGUAUAUAACCCUCCUCCUACUGAUCUACUUGAACAAGACCAUGCCCCUUCUGCUCUUCCCACACAAGGUGCUUCUGUCCAAGCCCAGGCCCUGCCGCAGUCCAAUGCUCCUGUUCCUUCUGCUCAAAUCUCUUCUUCAUCUUCUGCUGCCCAGUCAAAGCCCCGCUUGCCUCAGGACCGUGUUGGUCAGUUGGAGGACAGGAUCGCCGAUGAUCCCAAGGGUGAUGUUGAUGCUUGGCUUGACUUGAUUGCUCUGCACAGAUCCAAGAACAAGCUCGACGAUGCUCGUAACGUCUACGACCGCUUCUUCGACGUCUUUCCGACUGCUGUAAGUUUCUCUCCUUCUAUCCUUCUACCAAUUCCAGCUAACGAGCCUCGAGNNGCCGAACAAUGGGUCGCCUACGCCCUCAUGGAGCAAGACCAGGACGACUUCCUUCGCUUGGAGAACAUCUUCAAUAUGGCUCUCCUCAAGAACUACAACGUGCAGCUCUGGGGCAUCUACCUCGACUACAUCAGACGUCGCAACAAUGUCAUGACCGACACGACAGGCCAGGCUCGCCAGACCAUUACUCAGGCGUACGAUUUCGCCCUCAACCUGAUCGGCAACGACAAGGACUCUGGCAGCAUGUGGCAGGACUAUAUCAACUUUAUUAAGUCGGGUCCCGGUAAUCCUGGUGGCAACGGCUGGCAGGACGCCCAGAAGAUGGACAUCUUGCGCAAGGCUUACCAGCGUGCCAUUACUGUUCCCAUGCAGGCUACCACCAGCUUGUGGAAGGAGUACGAUUCGUUCGAGAUGGGUCUCAACAAGAUGACGGGCCGCAAAUUCCUCCAGGAAAAGUCGCCCGCUUACAUGACCGCCCGCACCUCGUACAACAUUCUCCAGAAGAUCACUCAGGACCUGAAGCGCAGAACUGUCCCGACUCUGCCCCCUGCACCUGGCUGCGAGGGCGAUGACGACUAUCAACAGCAAGUCACCAUCUGGCAAAACUGGGUCGAAUGGGAAAAAGAGGAUCCGCUUGUUUUGAAAGAGGAGGACAUCAAGGCCUACCGCGACCGUGUUCUCUAUGUUUACAGACAAGCUACCAUGGCUCUUCACUUCUGGCCCCAAAUCUGGUACGACGCUGCCGAGUUCUGUUUCGACAACGACAUGGAGACCGAGGCCAACGACUUCCUCACCCAAGGUGCUGCCGCCAACCCCGAGAGCUGCCUACUUGCUUUUACUCGCGCCGACCGCAUUGAGCAGACCAUGCCUGUCGAAGACGGCGAGGAGAGCCUCGUCCGCCGCGGUGACGCCGUCAAGGAGCCCUACGACAACUGUUUAAACGCUUUGUACGCUCUGAUCGACAAGAUCAAGGCGCGUGAGCCCAAGGCUAUUGCCCAGAUCAAGGAAUACUACGAGUCCCUACUUCCGCUGUCUCGCGAACCCACUCCUGAAGCCAGAGAUGAUGACGACGAGGACGACUCGAAGGAUAGACCUGCCGCAAACUCUAGAGAAGCUGAGGAAAAGAGACAGGUCGACGAGGUCCAGAAGAACACUGCAGUCCAAAUCAAAACCGUCUCCAAAACAUUAUCCUUCGUCUGGAUUGCUCUGAUGCGUGCGAUGCGUCGUAUCCAAGGAAAGGGCAAGCCUGAUGCGCCCGUAGGAGGUCUCAGAAACGUCUUUGCUCUUGCGAGAAAGAGAGGUCGUAUCACCAGCGAUGUCUAUGUGGCUACCGCACUUAUCGAGUACCACUGUUACAAAGACCCCGCAGCAACCAAGAUCUUCGAACGUGGCAUGAAGUUGUUCCCCGAGGACGAGCUCUUUGCCAUGGAAUACCUCAAACACCUGAUUGCGACUAACGAUGUUACAAACGCUCGUGCUGUCUUUGAGACUACUGUUUCCAAGCUCUCGGCCAAACCGGAGAACGUCGCCAAAACCAAGGCUCUCUUCCUCUUUAUCCACGAGUACGAGUCCAACUAUGGCGAACUUGCACAAAUCACCAAGCUUGAGAAGCGCAUGGCCGACCUCUUCCCCGAAGACCCUUCUCUUGUCCGCUUCGGCCACCGCUUCAGAAUUCCCACCUUCGACCCUUGCACGGUCCGCACAAUUAUCAGUCCCAAUGUUCAGACAAGGUCCAAGGGCUCAGAAUCGGCUAUGCCCACCACGGAGGUUGAGCCAGUGCCCAACCCUGCCGUCCUGUCUGUCGUCACCGGCUAUGUACAGUCACCCAAGCGCCCGCUCGACAAUGCAGACUCUGAUGCCGAACAACCUGCACGCAAGCUCGCCCGCGGCGAGUCUCCGCUCAAGGGCGCUGCAGGUCGUCGCCAACAACAACGACAGCGUGCAGAGGGCUACGGCUCACAGGUGGUUGCCCCACCACCCAAGCCUCUUCCUAGGGACAUCACUCUGCUUCUCAGCAUGAUCCCCAAUGCUUCCACAUAUCCCGCUCAGGCGAGACUGAACCCCGAGAGCAUGGUUGCCCUGAUCAGAGGCAUUGAUCCCAGCAGAGCCAUGGUGCAGGGUGGCGGGUACGGAGGUGGCUACAACUACGGCCGCUGA